CGGCGGGCUGACGGCGGAGCCGAGCCGGAGUGUAGUUGGGAUUCUGCUCUGUCAGUAACACAUGUGUGAGGGGCAGUGGGGAGUACACGCACGCACACACACACACACACACACACACGCGCGCGCGCGCAGGGACACACGCAUUCACACACGCACUCACACACUCACGCAGGCAGAGGGGCCUCCUCCCGCGUCCUGCCAGCGCCGCCGCAGGAUCCCCGGCAGCAGCUCCGCGCCCGGCCCCGCUCAAACUCGCCGCCUCUCGCCCUCUCCUCUGAGGCGCUUCGGCGGGCCGCGGCCGGCCGGCUCCACGCCGCGGGAGGCUCGGGAGCCGCCACAGCCCAGAGAAGGGGGCGGAGGUGGGGGGGCGGGGGGGGAAGCGGUACAAAGUGAAGCCACAUUGCCAAACUUACCCGGCGAUUGCAGCAGCGAGUGGCGGCGCCCUGCGUGUGCAGCUCAGCGGCAGGGACUGAGCUCUGCAGCUCCCCUCCCGGGAAGCGGGAGCUGGAGGAAGGACCCAGGCAGACGCCUCUCAUAGAAAUAUCUAUAUUUUUCCAGCCUGGGCUGCCCCUUACCGGGCGGGGGGCUCCCUCCAGCGCUCCCGAAAGCCAGAAAGAGGGCGAGCGCUGUGUUUGUUUCUUUGCAAGGAGACCACCUCAGGCACCCCGAGCGACGUUGCUCCCCGGCCUUUUGCAAUAUAGAGGGGAAGCAGGCCAUGGUGAACCCCGGCGGCAGCUCGCAGCCGCCCCCGGUGACGGCGGGCUCCCUCUCGUGGAAGAGGUGCGCCGGCUGCGGGGGGAAAAUUGCCGACCGCUUCCUGCUCUACGCCAUGGACAGCUACUGGCAUAGCCGCUGCCUCAAGUGCUCCUGCUGCCAGGCCCAGCUGGGGGACAUCGGCACCUCCUGCUACACCAAGAGUGGCAUGAUCCUCUGCAGAAACGACUACAUCAGGUUAUUUGGAAAUAGCGGUGCUUGCAGUGCCUGUGGACAGUCCAUUCCUGCUAGUGAGCUGGUCAUGAGGGCGCAGGGCAAUGUCUAUCAUCUUAAGUGUUUUACAUGCUCUACCUGCCGGAAUCGCCUGGUCCCCGGAGAUCGGUUUCACUACAUCAAUGGCAGUUUAUUUUGUGAACAUGAUAGACCUACAGCUCUCAUCAAUGGCCAUUUGAAUUCACUUCAGAGUAAUCCACUACUGCCAGACCAGAAGGUGAAUACUCCACAAUUACUAAUAAGCUUUAUUAGGGCUAAAUGAAGAUCAAUUUCUUUGCGUUCUAAUAGUGGACGUUUCCCACCCCUGCAAGGAGACCUUUAAGUAACUGAACUUACCUUAAAUAACUUAGGCAUGGGUUAUGGGGAGAAAAUACUGACCUUUUAAAUAUGACAUAUAGGGUGAGUCAGUUUAUUUUGGUUUGGGCAUGUGCAUCUGUACAGCUGUUGAACUCCUUGUAUACAAAGCGAAAUGGAGAGCAUAUGUUAACAUGAACUCUUAACAAAGAGAACUAUUUUUAUUUUAUAAUCUUGAAAUUAAGGGCUACAAGAGAGCAGGUUUCUGUGGAAGGAAAAUUAGAUCCUUUAAUAUGGAAAUGUCUUGUGAAGAGAAGGUUCCUGAACUAAACCAAAUGUAUUUCACUUUAAUAUUAAGGUUUUAGUUGAGGAAGCAUGCUGGGGUACUCUUUCAGAAGUAUUUUCUUGUCUGUUUGUAUGUCAUAACUCAGAUUUAAAAACCGAAGUGCUAUUUUCUUAUCGCUCCAUAACACUAGUAGCUCAACUGGAGAUUGUUUAUCUCUGUGGUUGAUAGCUCCUGGUUUCUAGCUAAAUGAGUAAAUAAUGACUAUACAAAUCAUAUGGAGGAGAAGAAGAAAAAAAAAAUAAUUCUGAUCAACAGUUGUCCUGUAACUCUGAAACUAGAUAGUUUUAGAUCUAUUUUAAUCUCCUUAAUAAGUCCUAAAGCUAUGCAAGUGAGUGCAUUUUGAUAACUGCUGUGCCUAAUUUGUAACAAUUACUGUCAACCUUGAGUUAAGAGACUGUUCAUUCCACCCUGGUCCAGAAAAGAGUGAAUGUAUGACUCUUGCACAUAAUUUUAUUCACAUCAUAUUUCAUACUGAUUAUGUAUUGAUGACAUUGAUUCAUUUACUCUUUACAGCGCCACUUGCAUGGAUAUUAAAUCUUAUUGACCACAGAUGAAUUUUAAUUUCAGAUUGGUGAUAGAUUUUUCCAUCAGCUCUGAUAGUAUAUUUGACUUUUUCAUCAUUAACCCAGGCAAUCACACAGCACUGAGUUAUUGCAAUGAAACAAAAAGUGCACACUUCAGUUGGUAAUUCUUUAUAGAUUUACAAUAGGAACUUCAUUAAUGUCUGUAAGGAUCACAAAAAAUAACAUUUAUCUGCAAAUAGGAAUUUGGAAGAUUAAAAAAAUCUGGGACAAAUGCGAGGCUGAUCUAUUCUGUAAUGUACAGAAUAAUUUUUAGUGCUUUUACUUAGUGGAGAAAUAUGUCCAAGAAACACAAACUGUUUUUUAAUUUCUGUGAUUUUUUUUUUGUUGUGUUGCUACAUUUUAAUAUCUCUGUUUGCUUUUUUUUCUGUGCAUAAAUUUACUGAUUAAUUUUAAGUAUUCUUUCAAGUCUUAUACAGUGAAUGUAAUUACAUCAAAAUAAAACACGGACCUUUUUUAUUUACUUAAUUUGUCAAUCGAGGUGAUGAGGGAGUUGAGUACAAAAGUCCUAUAUAGUUAGGCAGAACAAAGAUAAUUAAGAUUGGAGGAGAAUGUGCAGCCUCUUCUCAAGGAAGUACAAAUACAGUUAAAGAUUCAUAGAUUUAUACUGUUGUGAAUUUUAAUGAAACAAAUCUGUAAUAUAGACUAGCUAGCAGUGAAUCUGUUAAGUGAAUAUUUGUAGGUAUCCCAUUUCAAAAUAUAGGUAAAACCAUUCAUCUUUAUACACUGCAGUAAAGGUUUGCCAUUCUGAGAGAGCGGUUUAUCCACUUAUCUUCUAUGAAUGUAAAGUUUAAUGUAACUUCAAAUAGGCGUCUAAAUUGUCAUUUAGUUUUAUCAGUUUCUUGCUAUGCCUUAGGAAAACAUAAAAAUGAUUUAGUUGCAAUAAAAGCAGUAGAUAUGAUGAGGAACAUAGAACAUGGAAAAGAGAAGUAAAAUUGGACUGGGCUUGCAGAGCUCACGACUGUAGGCACCUGGUAGAACCUAAAUGCAGUGAAAAUAGAACAGUUUUUAAUUAGUUCUGUCAGUGAUGAGGCAUAUGAAGAGGUGUUAGGGAGAAGAUUAGGGGGAGAGAUAACAGUUUGGGGUUUUUCUCUUUAUAACGUAAUCUCUUUAGAAAAUGGUGUAAGUUCUCCUACCAGUUGUCAAAGGGGAAUUGUGGAGCACCUGAACCUAGAAAACUGAAAUAUAGUUGAGGAGACCAUUUGGUAAUUCAUAGACUUGUCAGGUUUCUGGAUUUUUGGAAGCUACAGGGGCAGAUGCCAGAAGAGUCGCAUUUUGUAUGUUGGCUUUUUAACAGUCUAAAGAUGUUUACAUCAGACGUUUUCCAGAAGGCUGUGUGGUUUAGGGCCACUAAUUAAAAAUGUUCUUCGACUAUGACAGAGUUGGCUGUAACAGAUACUCUUUAUUAAACAUUAAAGAUCAAUCAGUCUCCAGGUUAUUCUACCACUAGAGAUGAUAGACAUAGCAGAAUAUUCAUGGGGGUUUUUAUUGAACUGAAGAGAUUGAGACAUAACUCCCAGCAUUAAAACACAUUUUUGUUGUGUAUGUGAGGGUGACAGUUACAAGGUCACUGUUGUCUUAAUAUAGUUUACAGGUUAACACCUACUGGUGAUUGGUGCAGACAGACAGGGCUGCGUGACCUAACUUGGUUUAAAAACUUGCUUUUGUUUUUAAGGAGGCAAAUGCUGGCUAUUCCUGCCUUUUGCCUCCCGGAGGCAAUUCACACACAUAAAUUAUCAUUUCCUAUCACUUGCUAGGUAGCGUGAAAACCCCUGUUUUAUCUAAACUCCGUACUGCUUGCCUGCAGAGUGCAAACUUAGUUUGUGAUGUCCCGUGUGCCGUUACAUUAGAAGGGCCUGUAUUGUCAAGAAUGGGGUUUUUUGCUAGCGGUAGUAUUCCUGUAGAAGUUCUUGUUUGCAACAGUAUUAACCAUCUACUAAAACUGUCAAUUUUCCACCAGUUGGCAGUGUUGGUAGCAAACGCUUGUCUUCAGCAUCUAUACUUUUAAAUAAAGUAUGAGUUAGAUUAUGUCUCUCAGAGAAGAUCUUAAAAAUCUUCUGGUUUACAUAUCACUCAACAAUUCCCUUGUAGUUACAUAAUUGGUGUUGUCUGUGUCCAUAGUAGAAGAUAUUUGAUGCUCAUUUAUUAAAUAUGCUUGCUGGCUGCUCCCUAAUCUUUGUUCUGGACAGACAAAUUACCUUUCUCACACUGAGCUCCAGCUCUGGGGAAUUAAACCUCCAAGCCUCUACUACUUUAAUUAGCUUGAAAGUGGGGGGUUGCAGUUACUAAUAGACCUCAGGCUUUUAGUAACUUAGAGAAAGGGUGAAAAAAGAACUUCCUGGGAAGCGCAAAAUGUCAUUUAAAAACAAUAAAAUUCUAAUAUAUAUUAUUUCAUUUUGGUAAUUGCAAACAGAUUGUAUUUGAAGACUAUGGAUGAUAAUUUCUAUUUUAUCCAUGAAAGUUUAGAUUUUUAUUGAGUUAGACACUUUUAAUUAUCACAAUUCAUUAACACCAGUGUGAAAGCACAUGUUUGACUUCAUAUAUUAAAAUGUUUAUGUAACAUUAACUAACACACCAGAUGAGGAAUUUUAAAUGGGGGGGAAAAAUCCUGAAAUAUCUAUAUUUAGCUCUUGUGCAAUGCAGCAUAUUAACCAAAGUUGCCUUGGGAGGAUAUUGGCUGUACUUCUUAUUUGCUUUACACACUAUUUCUUCCAAUUAUAAGAUCAUAUUACUAGCUUCUUCAAAGGCAUGGCAUAAUGUUUCUUCCCUUUUAAAAGGGGCCCAGAAAAACCACCUUAUUCACUGUACGAUUUGUUACCCGAAAGUACACUUAUUUAUUGUUGUCGUCUCUUUUUUUUUUCCCGUCUGCUCUUUUCAGUAGUGAAACUGCAGAAAAUGUUUGCGCUUUGCUAUUUGAAGUUGAAACAUUAGCAGUAUGAAUGGAUAGUGUAGAAAGCCUUAAUCAAAUCACAGUUGGAAAGUAAUCUAAUAAAAAAGAGAUUAGUGAAUAAGGAAAAGACAAAAGCAGUCAUGUUGUAGUUUCCUAUCUCAAAUUUAGUAUUCUAGCUAAGAUACCCAUUUUUAU